GACAGUGUCACCCGAUUCAUGCGCGGGAUUCGGAUUUGGGAGGUGCUGUGCCGGGGAGACGAGCGCCGUGCGAUUUUGCCGCUUUGGGGAUGCGGUAUCGCGGGCGCGUACAGCUACACGGUUAGUCCGCUCGGAUACGGAGACGUCGGUAUGUACAUCGACCAGAACCCCGGUGUCGAUCGGCUAUUGUUGUUGAUCCAGAUGGCGGAAUGUGUGAAGUCCUUGCACGACAGGAACAUCGUGCAUGGCGAUCUUUUCGAAACGCGGUUUGUUGUCAUGGAAGAACGCUAUGGGGUUCGGGUCUACCUUACGGGCUUCUACGAGACUGAGAUGCUAGAUACUCAUGGCAGGGUGACGUGUCCAUGGACGGUAUCGGACUGGAACAGACUGUCGUGGCGCGCCGCUCCGGAAAUGACAGCACCGGGUCCGUGCCGCGUCUACGGCAAACCCGUGGAUAUCUGGGCUCUGGGUUUCUUGAUCAUGCAGCUCAUGACGGGAAGGGUUCCAGCCCAUAGCACACAAUACUUCAUGGCCCACCCCGAUUGUCUUCCCUCGCGACCUUAUGGAAUGACUCUCCGUCUGUACGCGCUUGUACGGGCGUGCUGGUCGUUUAGGCCGGCCGAGCGCCCAUGCAUCGACCAGACGAUUACUUGGUUGAAACAGUGUCGUCGGCAAUUGUUACUUGACGCAUGAACAGGGACCGAUUUCACUGGUUAUUCUUCCGUUACUGAUAGAUUUGGCUCGAUAUC